UUCCACGUGGACCCUGUCAUUGACCAAAACACUCCGGUUUCCGUGGCAGGCGGGGAGGGAGCGCGCGUGCCGCCGCCGUUGCGCAGUGCAGACCGGGAGGCGCGAGCAGCAGGGCGGUGCGGGGCAGAGGUGCUCUCCAGAUGUUAAAGUUAAAACGCUAACCUGCCCGAAUUAAAGCCUUUUACUGUCCACACGUCAACUAUGCAGACAGGUGUGUUCAUGGAGUCUCACCUGGGCAGGUCGGUCCCAUGUGUUCUGUCCCUGUACCUGUUUAUACAGUUGUGCCAGGCUGCACCAGGUCUACCUGGGUCACAAAGGGAGGAAUCAAUUGAUGCCCGCCCUGCUUUAGCAGCGCUAGCCAAUCCCUUUGGCUCUGGAGAAGAGGACCGCAGAUUGCGGCAGAGUUUCAUUCAAUCCAGUCUGAAGGAUGGCCAAGAAGGACCAGAAAUCAGUACCUCGGAGCAAGAGGUGUUCUUCCUGUUUCGUCUCUAUGACUUCGACCGCAGUGGGCUCCUGGAUGGUUUGGAAAUGAUGAAGCUGCUUUCAGACUACAACUCCCAUCAUACACCUGGAACACAAGCCAAUGAGCUGGUGGUGUCUAUGGUAGAUUUUUUACUCCAGACUCAGGAUCUGAACCAGGACGGCCUGUUGGCCCCAUCUGAGCUGCUGUCUCCAGCAUUACCUCACACACAGGACUCCAGCAACAACAACGCACCUCACCAGGAGCAGGAGGUGGCCGCAGAGGAGAAGCUGUCAAACCCCAUCACUGACGAGGAGAAGGUAGGAGCAGCAGAGGAGAGAGAGGAGGUUCAUGAAGAGCUGCAGCAUCAAGAUGCAGAGCAACUUCAACACCAAGUAAAGACAGAGGAAGAGGAGGCCAUAAAUCAAAUAGAUGAACAGUAUGGACAACAUAUCCCAGAAGCCCCAGCAGCGGAACAUGUGCAGGACCACCAUGUCCCUGUUCAUCAGGGGCAACCAGAGAUGUGAAUGCACACACACACACAUACUGGUUCACAUUAUUAUUUCUCUAGAGUCAGCAAAAGACUGAUGAUAGAGAUAAAAAUACCACUAAGAGGACUUCUUAAUCUUCAUCCCCACAAAUGAUCCUUCCCUUGAUUGAGAUUUUACCAUUUAAUUUGGUGAGAAGAUGAAUGUAUUGAAAGUAUUCCUGUCACUGUAUGUUGAAACUUUUUCUACAACCAGUAACUGUUGGUUAUAAUUACAAAUGCAACGUUUUCUUGAGCUGUAAGAGGACAAAAGUCCUGAAUUCAAAAUGCAAUAUUACUUAUAUUGAUAAAACAAAGCCAUCCUUAAUAUGGAUUAGUACUUUUGAAUAUUUCUUUCUUUUCCCAGCAAAUGAAACAGUCGAUCAUCUCAUGAUUUGAAAAGUGUAAGAUGUACAUUUUAUUUGCUUUAAUUGUAUUUAUUUAGACCGUUUUGUUAUAAAAAAAAAAAAAAAUCAACAUUUUUCAUGUAUUUGUGUCAUUCUAUGUAGAGACUGUUUCAUGUACACAAUGAUUGGCCUUAUUGUGUCUGACCCACUCUAGGUUUUAGGGUUUGCACCCAGCAGUUAUGCACCAGGACUGUUAUUUAAUUAACUGGUCUCUUUUACAGACGAGUCGGUUUAGCCAUGAAAUGACAUUUGGUCUUCCUUUAUUAUUUCCUCAGACUAUUCAGUGACUUAAUUCAUUUACUGAAUAAAAUGAGGUUAUUCAGAGAAAAGUCUUUAUUUCUUUCGAUACACUUGUAUAAGAUCCACCAUGCAUUUAUUUUGAUGAGGAUUCUCAGGAAGCCCCCAUUGAAAUAACAUGUUAUUUAAUAUAUCAUUUAAUUCAGUCUUUAUCUGCAAACUUGAAUGUGUUUACAGUAUGAAAGGGUUUACUAUGUGUUAUUAUUUUUGUUUGUUUACCCCUUUUAACCAUUUCUGCAUUUACACAGCUGGAGAAAAUAAAGCAAUCUUUUUUUUG